UUCAUGGUGUGGGGUGAGCGAGCAGGCCUGGAUCUUGGCGGCGCAAGACGGCGUCUUUGUAUGCGGAUUGUGGGGAUUUGUUCGGGGAUUUGCGCGGGGAUUCCCGACCAUCCCUAUCACUUUUGCACGAGGCGAGACACCUUCGUAUCCUUUUCGGAGACCAGGCCAUGGAAGUGAUCGCGGUUGCUGGGAUCGUCUAUGGGACGUACGUCGCUUAUAAUAGUUACAAGGAGAAGGAAGCAAAGAAGAACGAUCCAGGACUGAUCUUUCACGCAAACGAUCAGAAUGGUGAUGCAAGAGAGCGGAAGAUCAAGAAACGUGCCAUCCUCGCAAGGCUGGUCUAUGGGAUGUACGACAGGUUCAGGCGCAAACCUGAAAUAGAAUACAAGGAAUGGUGGACCAAGGUGCACUAUCAUCUGGUCCCCUUGGAGUCAGUACUGACUGAGGACGAGCUUAAGCUCUUUGCAAAAGAACUGGAGGAUGAGCGUCAGCACCAGUACUUCGGUGUCUUCCGACGAAAUAAGGACAGUCCUUUAGACGAGGCUCCGGAGUGGGUAGUCGCCAUCCGGGGAACUGAGCCCUCGGCUUUGGCGGAUCUCCACAACGAUGCCAAGAUAGUUCUGGAGAAACUGAACUCUUCAACACUGAUCCCACUUCUGUACUAUGUGGUAUGGCGUCUCGGUGCGCAACAUGGGUACUGCAACGUGAACGUGACCGGACAUUCACUCGGGGCCGCAGCGGGCUUGAUGGUCUGUCGAAGGCUGGCACUCGAAGGCGGUGCGGUCGAGGGCCACUUCUUCAAUCCUCCGUUCGCCACUCUAGAAUCGCUGGCGCGCAGCUGUGCACAUGUUGUGAAACGUGUUUUUAUCGAGGCAAUGCCGGCCGAGGGUGAAAAACUAUAUGACGCUGCUAAGCGCGCUGGUAGCAAAUUCUUCCAUGCCGUGGCCGACACCGACAACACCGAGAGGAGAAGCAAAGCAUUAGCCGAGUUCAAGACACUGGCCGAAGCCAAUUGGUCUCCAUAUCUCUAUCUGAACAAACAUGACUUCAUCUGCCGUGAGUUUCUCAAACACUUCAGGAAAGCAACUUCCGAUCAGGAUCGGAAGAAGUGGUAUUCUUCUGUGACCGAGUUUAGCAAGCUGGUUCUGGGAGACACGGAGACGUUCCAUCUGUUUCCUUCUGCACAUUUGGUUACGAUUGAGACAUACCCGAUCCGGCCCAUUUCAGCACACAUGUUGUGGAACUGGAUCGAUCCACAUCUCUCAUAUAAAUUCAACCACACCAAACUCAGCCUAUGACCUUGUACUUAGAAGGGCAUGGGACGAAACUGAUUGGACCUUGCCAAGCAAAGAGUACCGCAGCCUCAGCACACUCAAUGUUCUACUGUUCCCUGCACUGCGUUCUCGAGUUUCGAAACAGACGCGACCGAAGCCUCCGAUCAAGUAAUUUCUCAUGAAGGAUUCCAAAACCACUAGUGCUUAUAUAAGGAUCUGGUAGGAAAAACAGAAAGAAGUGCGUCAGUGUUAAUGUCGCGUAUGUAGCAUAGAAGUUUGUCGUAUGCUAUUCUCCAAGGCCUCUAUUAGUCUGAUUCUCCACUUCCUCGGCGGCCGACAGGAACUCUGAAGCUCUUGAAGUAGAAAGCUCCAACACUUUGUACUUUUUCUUUCCAGGGAUAAAAUUUGGGUCCAAUUGCGAGCGACCUCAGAUAUUUAUUCAGUUGCAUCACGUGUGGUGUGCACUUUAGCUUGUUGAUGUCCUCUUUUAGGCCAUUAUAAGAGAGUCACAUACAGCUCGAAUCGAAAGUCAAUUUCUCAAACCUGGAAGGUAGUAUGCUGCUGGGGAGUUUUGAAGGAGACUGUACUGACUGAAACUGUAUCACAGCUCCCCAGUUCAAUAGAAGAGCAACCGGGGAGAUAUUUACGGAUUCGAAAAAUGGCUACCUAUCCUCUAAUGUAAACGC